ACGUGACCCGUCAGCUGACCGGCGUGCGGGACACUUAUUAAUGUCAGAGUGAUCUGCUCCGUCAUUGUAUUGUUCUCCUGCUUCUCUGUGAUCUCAUUGACUACGAGGUGAAAAUGAGAUUUUUCAUGGUGUAUCUGUUUGCUGCGCUUGUGUGCGCCUCCGAUGCUCUCGUCCGGAUUCCCUUAACGAAGUUCCGCUCCAUCCGACGUUCUAUGUCUGAUUCAGGGAGGAGUGUGGAGGAUUUACUAGCUGGUCAAGCACUGUUCAACUACAACUUGGGCUUCCCCUCCAGCAAGAACCCCACUCCAGAAACCUUGAAAAACUACCUUGAUGCCCAGUACUAUGGAGAAAUUGGCUUGGGUUCUCCGCCUCAGCCCUUCACAGUGGUAUUUGACACUGGAUCAUCCAACCUCUGGGUUCCCUCAAUUCACUGCUCCCUCACUGACAUCGCCUGCUUGCUUCACCACAAAUAUAAUUCUGCCAAAUCAAGUACAUACGUGAAGAAUGGGACUGCUUUUGCCAUUCAGUAUGGGUCUGGUAGUCUUUCCGGCUAUCUUAGCCAGGACACUUGCACGAUCGGGAACAUGACUGUGGAAAAGCAGCUGUUUGGGGAAGCCAUCAAACAGCCUGGGGUCACCUUCAUUGCCGCGAAGUUUGAUGGGAUCUUGGGCAUGGCCUACCCUCGUAUUUCUGUGGAUGGCGUCACCCCGGUCUUUGACAACAUCAUGAGUCAGAAGAAGGUGGAGAAGAACAUCUUCUCCUUCUACCUGAACAGAAACCCGGACACGCAGCCAGGUGGCGAGCUGUUGCUAGGUGGUACAGACCCAAAAUUCUACACUGGGGAAUUCCAUUACCUGAACAUCAGUCGCCAGGCUUACUGGCAGAUCCACAUGGAUGGAAUGAGCGUUGGCAGCCAGCUGAACUUGUGCAACGGUGGCUGCGAGGCCAUUGUGGACACGGGCACCUCCCUCAUAACCGGCCCGUCCGCUGAAGUGAAGGCCCUGCAGAAGGCUAUCGGGGCCAUUCCCCUCAUCCAGGGGGAGUACAUGGUUGACUGUAAGAAGGUGCCUACCCUUCCCUCGGUGUCCUUCAAUCUGGGUGGCCUGUCCUACACUUUGACUGGGGAGCAGUACAUUCUCAAGGAGAGUCAGGCUGGGAGAACCAUCUGCCUGAGUGGCUUUAUGGGUCUGGACAUCCCAGCACCUGCUGGGCCGCUGUGGAUUCUGGGAGAUGUAUUCAUUGGCCAGUACUACACACAGUUUGACCGUGACAACAACCGUGUGGGCUUUGCCAAGGCGAAAUAGCUGCCUCCGGGUGUGCUGCUUCCAUGGGGCUUUCUCAGACAAGAACAAGUACUAAACAUGCUGCAUAUGGGUGAUAUGUUGCUUCUGAUGUCUGGUAGCAAUACCUUUUGUAUAGAAUUCAAUGCACUGCUUUUAAUUUUAGGAAAGGAUUUGUCAUUUUAAUUAUUUUGGGGUGAUUUGAGUGAAUCUUGUAGUUUUGAUGUGUGACAGAACUGAUUAUUUCCCAGGUACAGCUACAAUGGAUUUUAAUAUUUGCAUAUUUUGUCUUGUUUCAACUUCCACUCACCCCCCCCCCCCCCCCCCAAUAUGUUUGUUUUAUUUUAUUUAACACCUCAGUCUCUGAAUUGAUGGAAUGAAAUAAAGGCCUUUUUCCGUUA